AUGAACCAACGAAGCGAAGCUUCAGAGUAUGAUCCAUUCCCAAGAAAACGAUACCUGCGUAGACAAUGGAAGUUAUUCAAGCCGCAUCUCCAGCGAUCGGAUUCUUUGCCUGAUUUUUCUCUGAUUCCGAACGCCCACCCGCUAUUUACUUGCAAGCACUGCAAUUUCUCAAAUGUAAUUGUCGACUUGUGUCUCUGGUGUCCUCUCGCGAGCGCAGAGGUGGAGAAGGAUGAUUUAGAUAUCCAAUUUAGGAGGCGUCGGGUCAGCGCUCCCGCUUUUAUGUUGUACUGGCAGCCUAUUCGCCCCAGGAUCAGCAAUCGAACACUCCGCCUGACGCCUUCGAUAGCUACGGCACGAACUCUGCACAAAAGCUCCGAUUCAUCUUAUCCUACCAAUUCCGAAAUAAAGAUUUCGGUGGCAAAUGAUACAAGUCUUUCUUAUUCAUUUGGACCACCACCACCUGUUGAAGAAUAUGUGAAUAUAGAUGGCUUAGUGUUGCAACGACGAGAUAGCAUAGUUGCCAGUCUAGGUUGCGGCGUCGUCACAGCAACUGUCCGACCUGAAGCGCAGCCCACUUUCGUCGCCAGUUCGUUGAUCACUUCACGCGAAGUUGACCCGAACGUCUCGUGCUUCCAGCCUCAAUCGGGCGCAACUUCCGGUAAAGCGGGUGUACAUGUCGACCAAUCUAGUUCUUCGAAACAUUCAGCGGCGAAAUUCAUUCGUGCAAAUCCUCACGUCGAUAUGUCUCCUAAACCCCCUCUUCGGCGAAAAAAGAGCCAUCUCAUAUUGCACAUGUCUACACCUCCAUCACAGAGCAAGAACACAUUGACAGUUCCGCCUGGACGACAACGCCCACAUUCUCAACCCGCAGUCUCUUUCUCCACUGCCUCUGCUUCUCAAUCAGUACUGUUACCCAUCACAGAUCUUAACCACCACAUGUGGGCUCAGCCUCGAACCCAAGCAGACUUGCAUCAGCUUCAGCUCGGACAUCCGAAUCGGCCAUAUUACACUGCCCUUCGGAAAAACAUGUCUCCACCGAGCAUGCCACUUCAUUUCGCUUCUCCAUCUCCUCAAUCAGCUGAAAGACCGUUAUCACCCUCACCCUCAUUGAGGCUCUCUCAGACAUCUUCACCAGCGUUUCAACCUCCUUACCCGGCGUCAUUCUGUGAUGACAGCCAUGAAUUUUCCAUAGCCGAAUUCUCGCAGUUUUCACCACUUGGCGCGACGACGAGUACUCCCUUUAGGCCUUUUGGAGUUGUACCAUCUUCGCCGUCUGCGCAUGACUUUUCACCUCCCAGUAGGAGAUCAUCAUUGGCGUUAUCGGGGUUCCGAUUACCGUCGAUAAAGGGCAAGUUUCGUCGUAAUAGUGAGACCGCGUUUUCGAAAUCCGAUGAAAUGAAGAUUCGGCUUGCCUUGGCUAGGAAGGUGGGCGGUGAGACGGGUGUGGGAGGUGGUGAUGAGGGAUAUGUGUAUCGUGGAGGCAUGACAAAUGUCAAGAUGCAUAUGCGAAGGUUGAGUAGAGGGUUGAAAGAUUUUGUCAUGAUCAACCAAAGGUCGUAG